CCUCAGCAGCGAGCCAAGAUGGAGGGUCUCCGCUCCCCGAGUGAAGGCACGCACCUACGGGUCGCUCUUCGAUGAAAAGAACCAGGACUCUCUCCUCUCCCCGCUCUGCCUCUCUACACCGGAGCACCAGCGCUGGACCUGUAUAGAAACCGUGGCGACCCGUUGAAGCCAUGAGCUCGGGAGAAGCAGACGACUCGUCUAAGGACGGAGCAGACAUAGCGGCGUUCUUCAAAUCCGACUGUUCUCUUCCCAAGUGUGAACCCAGGCUCGAUUUAGCUGGACACACAGGGUUCAACAGAAAUGAAGAGAUGAGGGCCAUUGAGGUGUUGCCCAUUCUCAAAGAGAAAGUGGCUUUCUUAUCAGGGGGCAGAGACAGGCGUGGCGGUCCGGUCCUCACUUUCCCUGCCCGAAGCAACCAUGACAGAAUACGACAGGAGGACCUCCGUCGCCUCAUCGCCUACCUGGCAGGCAUCCCCAGUGAGGAGGUUAGCAGGCAUGGCUUCACUGUCAUCGUGGACAUGCGCGGCUCUAAAUGGGACUCCAUCAAGCCCCUGCUGAAGAUCCUGCAGGAGUCCUUCCCCUCCUGCAUCCACGUCGCACUCAUCAUCAAACCCGACAACUUCUGGCAGAAACAGAGGACCAACUUCGGCAGCUCCAAAUUCGAAUUUGAGACUAUAAUGGUGUCCCUGGAUGGCCUGUCCAAAAUGGUGGACCCUUCGCAGCUGACGGCCGAUUUUGAUGGCAGCUUGGACUACAACCAUGAGGAGUGGAUUGAGGUGCGCGUGGCCUUCGAGGAGUUCACAAGCAACGCGGCUCGUGUGCUAGCCCGUCUGGAGGAGCUGCAGGACCUGGUGUCUCAGCGGGAGCUCCCAACAGAUCUAGACAGUGCACGGCGCAGCAUAGAGGAGCACGCCUCCCUUAAGAAGCGAGUCACCAAAGCUCCGGUGGAGGAACUGGAUGCUGAGGGUCAGCGGCUGCUGCAGCGUAUCCAGGGUGGUGAGCGGGGCUGCGGAGAUGUGCAGGGCCUUAUCCCCAAGGUCUCUGCCCUGCUGGACAAACUUCACAGCACCCGGCAGCACCUGCACCAGGCCUGGCACAUGCGCAAACUCAAGCUGGACCAGUGCUUCCAACUCCGGCUCUUUGAGCAGGAUGCAGAAAAGAUGUUUGACUGGAUUGUGCACAACAAGGGCCUAUUCCUGACCAGCUACACAGAGAUAGGAGCCAACCACCAGCACGUGCUGGAGCUACAGACCCAGCACAAUCACUUCGCAAUGAACUGCAUGAACGUGUAUGUGAAUAUCAGUCGGAUCAUGUCGGUUGGGAACCGGCUACUGGAGGCCGGUCACUAUGCUGCUAUGCAGAUCCAGCAGGUGUCAGGGCAGCUGGAGCAGGAGUGGAAGGCCUUCGCCUCUGCCCUGGACGAGAGGAGCACUCUGCUGGAGAUGUCAGCCAACUUCCAUCAGAAAACAGACCAGUACUUGAGUAACGUGGAGCCAUGGUGUAAAGCCUGCGGAGAGGGUGAGCUGCCUUCUGAGCUGCAGGACCUGGAGGACACCAUCCACCACCACCAAGGCCUGUACGAGCACAUCAUGGCUGCCUACUCUGAGGUGAGUCAAGACGGGAAGGCCCUGCUGGACAAACUCCAGCGCCCUUUGACCCCUGGCAGUGCUGAUUCGCUGACGGCCUCGGCCAACUACUCGAAGGCUGUCAACCAUGUGCUGGACAUCAUUCAUGAGGUGCUGCACCACCAGCGGCAGCUGGAGAACAUCUGGCAGCACCGCAAGCUCCGCCUCCACCAGCGUCUACAGCUCUGCGUCUUCCAGCAGGAUGUCCAGCAGGUUCUGGACUGGAUCGAGAACCAUGGUGAGGCGUUCCUAAGUAAGCACACAGGAGUGGGGAAGUCUCUGCACAGAGCCAGGGCUCUUCAGAAGCGCCAUGAGGACUUCGAGGAAGUGGCACAGAACACAUACACCAACGCUGAUAAGCUGCUGGAGGCUGCAGAGCAGUUGGCUCAGACAGGCGAGUGUGACCCAGAGGAGAUCUAUCAGGCCGCCCACCAGCUAGAGGACCGCAUCCAGGACUUCGUGAGACGAGUGGAGCAGCGCAAAGUUCUGCUGGACAUGUCUGUGGCCUUCCAUACCCACGGCAAAGAGCUGUGGACGUGGCUGGAGGAGCUGCAGAAGGAGCUGCUGGACGACGUAUAUGCAGAGUCUGUAGAGGCGGUGCAGGACCUAAUCAAGCGCUUUGGCCAGCAGCAGCAGACCACCCUGCAGGUCACCGUCAACGUCAUUAAGGAGGGAGAAGACCUCAUCCAGCAGCUCAGAGACUCGGCCAUCUCCAGUAAUAAGACGCCUCACAACAGCUCCAUGGCCCACAUCGAGAGUGUUCUGCAGCAGCUGGAUGAGGCUCAGGCCCGCAUGGAGGAGCUCUUCCAGGAGAGGAAGAUCAAACUGGAGCUCUUCCUGCAGCUCCGCAUCUUUGAGAGGGAUGCAAUCGAUGUCAUCUCGGACCUGGAGUCAUGGAAUGAGGAGUUGUCUCAGCAGAUGGGGGAAUUUGACACAGAGGAUUUGACUCUGGCGGAGCAGCGGCUGCAGCACCAUGCUGAUAAAGCUCUCACCAUGAACAACCUCACCUUCCACGUCGUCCACCAGGGACAGGAGCUGCUGCAGUACGUCACUGAAGUGCAGGCUUCAGGUGUGGAGUUGUUGUGUGACCGGGAUGUGGACAUGGCCACUCGAGUGCAGGACUUGCUGGACUUCCUGCGUGAGAAGCAGCAGGAGCUGGAUGCGGCUGCUGAGCAACACCGCCGUCACCUGGAGCAAUGUGUACAGCUGCGCCACCUGCAGGCUGAAGUCAAACAGGUGCUGGGCUGGAUUCGUAAUGGAGAGUCCAUGCUGAACGCUGGUCUGAUCACCGCUAGUUCACUCCAGGAGGCUGAACAACUUCAGAGAGAGCAUGAGCAGUUCCAACAUGCCAUUGAGAAGACUCAUCAGAGUGCUCUGCAGGUGCAGCAGAAGGCAGAGGCUCUGCUUCAGGCUAAUCAUUAUGAUAUGGAUAUGAUCCGGGACUGCGCUGAGAAAGUGGCAUCUCACUGGCAGCAGCUCAUGCUGAAGAUGGAGGACAGACUGAAGCUGGUCAACGCCUCUGUGGCCUUCUACAAAACAUCUGAACAGGUGUGCAGUGUGUUGGAGAGUCUGGAGCAGGAGUAUAAGAGAGAAGAGGACUGGUGUGGUGGCAGUGACAAGCUUGGGCCAAACUCAGAGACUGACCACGUCACUCCAAUGAUCAGCAAACACCUGGAACAGAAAGAGGCUUUCCUCAAGGCAUGCACAUUAGCCCGACGCAAUGCCGAUGUCUUCCUAAAGUACCUGCACAGGAACAGCGUGAACAUGCCUGGAAUGCUGGCCCAAAUCAAAGCUCCUGAACAGCAAGUCAAGAAUAUUCUGAACGAGCUGCUGCAGAGGGAGAACAGAGUCCUACACUUCUGGACCAUGAGGAAGAGGAGGCUUGACCAGUGCCAGCAGUAUGUUGUGUUUGAACGCAGUGCUAAACAGGCUCUGGAGUGGAUCCAUGACACUGGUGAGUUUUACCUCUCUACGCACACCUCCACAGGCUCCAGCAUCCACCAUACACAGGAACUGCUGAAAGAGCAUGAAGACUUCCAGAUCACGGCCAAGCAAACCAAAGAACGGGUGAAGCUCCUGAUCCAGUUGGCGGAUGGUUUUUGCGAGAAGGGCCACGCCCAUGCCAGCGAGAUCAAGAAAUGGGUCACCUCAGUGGACAAGCGCUACCGCGACUUCUCCCUCCGUAUGGAGAAAUACCGCUCCUGCCUGGAGAAAGCGCUGGGCAUUUCAUCCGACUCCAACAAGGUGAGCAAAGAUUUGCAGCUGGACAUCAUCUCGGCCAGCGCCCCUGAAGCAGAGGUCAAACUCCGAGACGCCAACCAUGAGCUCAAUGAGGAGAAGCGCAAAUCCGCCCGCAGAAAAGAGUUCAUAAUGGCUGAACUGAUUCAGACGGAGAAGGCCUAUGUAAGAGAUCUGCGGGAGUGCAUGGAUACGUACCUUUGGGAGAUGACCAGUGGAGUGGAGGAGAUCCCUGCAGGAAUCGUCAAUAAGGAGCACAUCAUCUUCGGCAACAUGCAGGACCUCUAUGAGUUCCACCACAAUAUUUUCUUGAAAGAGCUGGAGAAGUAUGAACAGCUGCCUGAAGACGUUGGCCACUGCUUCGUUACAUGGGCCGAUAAAUUCCAAAUGUAUGUGAACUACUGUAAGAACAAGCCGGAUUCUACUCAGCUCAUACUGGAUCACGCAGGCCCUUACUUUGACGAGAUCCAGCAGAGGCACAGGCUGGCCAACUCCAUCUCCUCCUAUCUUAUUAAACCUGUGCAGAGAAUCACCAAGUACCAGCUGCUCCUCAAGGAGCUGUUGACAUGUUGUGAGGAAGGUAAAGGUGAGAUAAAAGAUGGUCUGGAGGUCAUGCUUAGUGUCCCCAAGAAAGCCAAUGAUGCCAUGCACCUCAGCAUGCUAGAAGGGUUUGAUGAGAAUAUUGAGUCUCAGGGGGAGUUGAUCCUACAGGAGUCUUUCCAGGUGUGGGACCCAAAGACCCUGAUCCGUAAAGGCAGAGACCGCCACCUGUUCCUCUUUGAGAUGUCUCUGAUCUUCAGCAAGGAUGUCAAAGACUCCAACGGCCGGAGCAAGUACCUCUACAAAAGCAAGCUGAUGACCUCUGAGCUGGGAGUAACAGAGCAUGUGGAAGGAGACCCCUGCAAAUUUGCACUCUGGGUUGGACGCACGCCUACCUCAGACAACAAGAUUGUCCUGAAGGCUUCCAGUUUAGAGAAUAAGCAGGAGUGGAUUAAGAAUGUACGGGAGGUGAUUCAGGAGCGUACCAUUCACCUGCGGGGCGCGCUCAAAGAGCCCAUCCACAUCCCCAAAGCCACUGCCAGCAAACUCAAGGGCAGACGAGAGGGUGAGGACCUCGACAGUCAGGGUGACGCAAGCAGCCAACCGGACACGAUCUCCAUUGCCUCCCGCACCUCCCAAAACACCCUGGACAGUGACAAGCUGUCUGGUGGUUGUGAACUGACAGUGGUCAUCCAUGACUUCAUGGCCAGUAAUGGCUCAGAGUUGACUGUGAGGCGAGGUCAGACUGUGGAGCUGCUGGAGAGGCCACAGGACAAGCCAGAGUGGUGCCUGGUGCGCACCACUGACCGCUCACCUGCCCAGGAAGGCUUAGUGCCAAGUGCCAUGCUGUGCAUUGCCCACUCCCGCAGCAGCAUGGAGAUGGAGGGAAUCUUCAACCACAAAGAUACCCUCUCUGUGUCCAGUAAUGAGGGUGGAUUGUCAGGCAGUGCCACUCUGCAGCCCGGGCACCUGCAGGGUUCUCCAGGGGCCAAGCGGCCAGGCAACACGCUGCGCAAAUGGCUGACCAGCCCGGUGCGGAGGCUCAGCAGCGGAAAGGCAGACGGCCACGUUAAGAAGCUGGCACACAAGCACAAGAAGAGCCGUGAUGUGCGCAAGAACGCAGACGGCGGCUCGCAGAAAGACUCGGACGACAGUGCAGCCACGCCCCAGGACGAGAGCGUGGAGGAGAGGAUGAGGAAUGAGGGAUUGAGCAGUGGCACACUCUCCAAGUCAUCCUCCUCAGGCAUGCAGAGCUGUGGGGAGGAGGAAGGAGAAGAGGGAGCUGACUCUGUUCCCCUUCCGCCCCCCAUGCCCAUCCAGCAGCACAGUCUGCUUCAUCAGGACUCCCAGGAGGACAAGGCUUCUUCUCGUCUCUCUGGACGUCCCAGCAGCUCUGAGACACCCAGUGCAGCCGAACUGGUCAGUGCCAUUGAGGAACUCGUCAAAAGCAAGAUGAGUCUUGAGGACCGGCCCAGUUCCCUCUCGGUUGAUCAGGCAGACAGCAGUAGCCCUUCCUGUAAUCCCUCUGAUAACUCCCUCCUGUCCUCCUCUUCACCUGUCGAUGAGAUGGAUGAGCGCAAGACAGGCUUCCUCAAGAAACGCCACUAUGUGCUUCUGGAGCUGGUAGAGACAGAGAGAGACUACGUUAGAGACUUGGGUGCAGUAGUAGAGGGCUACAUGAGCCGGAUGAAGGAGGAGGGGGUUCCGGACGACAUGAAGGGCAAAGACAAGAUUGUGUUCGGAAACAUCCACCAGAUUUACGACUGGCACAAAGACUUCUUCCUGAGUGAACUGGAGAAGUGCCUGGAGGAUCCUGAUAGGCUGGCCCCUCUGUUCAUCAAACAAGAACGACGAUUACACAUGUACAUAGUCUACUGCCAGAACAAGCCCAAAUCAGAACACAUUGUCUCUGAGUACAUAGACACUUAUUUUGAGGAUCUGAAGCAGCGUUUAGGCCACAGGCUGCAGAUCACAGAUCUGCUGAUCAAGCCGGUGCAGAGGAUCAUGAAGUACCAGCUGCUGCUUAAGGAUUUCUUGAAGUUUUCCAAAAAGGCUGGAGUUGACACAACAGAAUUAGAGAAAGCUGUAGAGGUCAUGUGUGUUGUUCCCAAACGAUGUAAUGACAUGAUGAACGUGGGCCGUCUUCAGGGCUUUGAUGGGAAAAUCGUAGCGCAGGGUAGACUCCUCCUGCAGGACACUUUCAUGGUGUCGGAUCAGGACAGCAGCCUGCUGUCCCGCAUGAAGGAGCGGCGUGUCUUCCUCUUUGAGCAGAUUGUCAUCUUCAGUGAGCCUCUGGACAGGAAGAAAGGCUUCUCCAUGCCGGGCUAUCUGUUCAAAAACAGCAUUAAGGUCAGUUGGUUGGGACUAGAAGAGAGUUCAGACAGUGACCCCUGCAAGUUCACUCUGACCUCAAGGUCGUCCGCAGGAGGCACAGAGCGCUACAUCCUGCACUCAUCCAGCCCUUCUGUCUGCCAGACCUGGGUCCACCAGAUCAGCAGCAUCUUGGAGAACCAGAGGAACUUCCUCAAUGCUCUAACAUCUCCCAUUGAGUACCAGCGGAACCACGUAGGGGCAAGUGGUUCGGGCGGUCCCAGCAGUAGCAGUGGCCUGCCCGGAGGCAGCAGUAGCAGCAGCAGCAGCAGCAGCUCGGCUUCACGCUCCCGCAGUUCCAGAAUCCCGCAGCCUUCCUCCCGUCUCCCCCAGCCAGUGCAGCACCAUCACCCAGACAGCCGCACCUCAGGUACGUGCCCCCCAGCUGAGGCCCAGGUCCAGCCAGGAUCUCCAAUCCCCAGAGCCGCAGUGGCCCCCAUGACCCUGGCCCUCCCUAGGCCUCGAGCGGGCCUCCCUUCACCUCUCUUAUCCCCUGUGAGCCCCCAAAACUCUACCCCAAAAGGUCCCGCCCCUUUCUGGGCCUCUGUCCCAGCAUCACCUCCCAACCGCCCUCCUGGGUCCUACACGGAGCGGGAUGACCCCCUGCCCAGCCGCGUCUCCAGCCAGUUGCGCAGACAUUCAAGCCACAGCAAGGAGACGGAUCGCAUCAGCACCUGCUCCUCAGCCAGUGAGCAGUCCCUGCACUCCACACACAGCAACGGGAGUGAAAGCAGCAGCAGUAGCAGUGUAUCCACCAUGCUGGUGACCCAGGACUACGUGGCUGUGAAAGAGGAUGAAAUCAGUGUGUUUCAGGGCGAGGUGGUGCAGAUUUUGGCCUCCAACCAGCAGAACAUGUUCCUGGUAUUCCGAGCAGGAACAGAGCAGGGCCCCGCCGCCGAGGGCUGGAUCCCCGGAUUCGUGCUGGGACACACGUCCACCAGCGCCCCUGACUACACCGACACAAUCCUCAAGAAGUCAUCCUCAUGGCACACAGCACUUCGUAUUCGCCGCAAGUCAGAGAAGAAAGAGGGCAGGAAAGAUUCCAGGCAGGAGAAUGGUCACCGCAGGUCCAGAGAAGCGCCGGCUAAUAAAGUAUCUGUAAAGCUUCUAAAUCCAAACUACAUCUAUGAUGUCCCCCCAGAGUUCCUGGUGCCUCUGAGUGAGGUAAUGUGCGAGAGUGGAGAGAGUGUGACCCUCCGCUGCAAAAUCUGCAGUCAGCCAAAAGCCUCGGUCACCUGGAGAGGGCCAGACCAGGCCACGCUGACCGACGGAGGACGAUACACACUCUCUCACAGUGAAACAGGUGAGGUGACCCUCAGCAUUUCAGCCAUGACUGUAGAGGACAGCGGCACCUAUGCUUGUAUCGCCACCAAUGACAUUGGCACUGUCACAACAUCUGCCUGCCUCAGAGUGCAAGCAGGUACCUGCAGCGACGGGAUCUUGUGGAAGGAGAACUUUGAGUCUCUGUACUCAGAAGUGAUGGAACUCGGGCGAGGCAGGUUUGCCGUGGCGAAGUGGUGUGAGCAGCGGGGGACCAGGCGCUCGGUGGUCGCCAAGCUGGUCAACAAGAAGCUGAUGCGGCGUGAGCAGGUGGUCCGGGAGCUGAACAUUCUGCAGUGCCUGCAGCAUCCGCACCUCGUGGGCCUGUUGGACACCUUCGAAACCCCCAGCAGCUACGUCCUUGUCCUGGAGAUGGCUGACCAGGGUCGUCUCCUAGACUACAUUGUGAGCUGGGGGAACCUGACUGAAGAGAAGGUGGCUCUCUACCUGCGAGACAUCUUAGAAGCUUUGCAUUACCUGCACACCUGCAGGAUAGCUCACCUCGACCUGAAGCCUGAGAAUGUGGUGAUAGAGCAGACAUCCAUCCAGCCUGUGGUCAAGCUUACCGACUUCGGUGAUGCGGCCCAUCUCUCUGGCUCCCCGUAUAUCCACCGCCUGGUGGGCAGCCCCGAGUUCUCUGCACCUGAGCUGGUUCUGGGUGAGCCGGCCUCGUUGGCCUCAGACCUGUGGAGCCUAGGCGUGUUGGCAUACGUCAUGCUAAGUGGUGCCUCGCCUUUUCUGGACGAGAGUGCCGAGGAGACGUGCCUCAACAUUUGCCGACUGGACUUCAGCUUCCCUGAGGAUUACUUCAGGGGCGUAAGUGGUGCAGCGCGUGAUUUUGUGCGCUCACUGCUGCGGGCAGAGACAUCCAGACGGCCGUCGGCACAGUCUUGUCUGCAGGGGGAGCCCUGGCUGCGGCCACGUGCCGCAUCCGGAGCCGCUCGCUUGGACACGGCACGCCUGGUGGCCUUCAUUGAGCGGCGGAAACACCAGAACGACCUGAGGUCCAUGGACAGCCUGCGGGCUUUCAUACGCAGUCGGCUCCUCGGGCAGGCCUGAGGGACCAUGGAAGCGGAAUGUGGAAAUUUGUACCUUGUCACAUUAUUGGAUAGCUAGGAAAUUCGGAGCCAGCCAGGCGGAGGCCGGCAUGCUGUUAGUCGGUGCCAAGUUAAACACAAUUCAGUGUUUAUCCUUUGAGGAAGAAGAUGCUUGGAACUCGGCCAGGAAAUUCAGGAAUCUCAGCCUCUCAAAGACCCUAAACAGAAGUCCAGAGAAACAGGAAACAUCUGAAGAAGUAUGGAAUUUCAUCCUCUCUUUACAACCAUGUUACAAAGUGGUACUGGGUUUGUAUACUACUGCUGCUGCUGCUGCUGACAAAACUCUUAACAGUCCUCCACCCCAACCGACCCUUCUUUAAAAAUAAAAAACAAAACAAAAAUAUAUAAGGUAAUGUCAGCCUCAUUAUCAUAUCCUCUUUCUAUGGAAAAUGCACACAAGCACAAAAAAAGACUUUUUUGAGAGUUUUCUUCUAUGAGCCAGAAAGGGCAAGCCUUUUGUUUAGACAGUAUUCGAAUCAGGUUGUUGCAGUACUGUAUAGCUGAAUUCAGGAAAGAUUGCGUUUUUUAAAAAAAAAAAAAAAAAAAAAAAAACAUGUAUAGAAGAA